AUGACUGCUCCUGACGCACUGCAGCUGCUUCGACUUUCCAUCGCUGCCUCGAAGCCACCCGUGCUCACCAAAACCGCUGAUCCACUGACAGCGGAGGCAAAUCAAACCGACUCUUUCGUCGAAGCGACACACCUCUACUUUACUCAUCCCACUCCGUUCUGCCUUCCUCUAGAUACCACGACCCGAUUCACGUCGACAAAUCCGGACACUGUGCAAGUUGACCUGCGCAGUAUAUUUUUUGCCUGGCUGCAAAAAGAUGUCACGGUUCCGGAAUACAUUGCCCUUGCGGCUGAGCUCGACAAACAACUCCCAGAAGGACAAAAAGUGCGCAAUUUGAUCUUCGUCGAGCGUUUAGAUUUGAUCACCUGGUUGGAGGGCGCAUCGGAAGAGUCGGAAUACAUCAAACCUAUUGAAGGCCCAGCCACGACGGGAGAUGCUGCCAACCGAGCAGCGGAUGUAGCUGGCGGCGCUGCCGUGCCUCCUGUUUCUGGCUCUGGUGUUGGCGUCACUCAAACUGCUGGUGGGAGACCCGUAAAGGUGAUCGACGCAAGACUGCAAGCGAUUUACAAUGGCGAACGCAGAAUAGGCGAUCACAAUUCCGUAUUACGAGGCAUCAAGCCAACGGAUUUUUCCCAUGUGCGCAAGCAUGCAGAAACCUUCUUGGGACGACGAAAAGGUGUUCCAUCAUCAACGAGACCGGGACAGCCUUCCAAAACCGCUCAGCUUGCAGCUCGACCCGCGGCCAAUUCAUCCAAACCUCUUGCACCAGCCGUCUCUUCCAAACGUUCAGAUCCUAUUAUUCUUCUCUCUCCUUCAGCAUCAUCACUUCUCCGAAUGUCGAAUAUCAAGACUUUUCUCGACACUGGCCUUUUCGUUCCUCCCGAUCACCCUACAUUAUCGACCCAGACGACAGCAAAUCUUCUCCACAUCACGCGCACACUGCCAUCUCUAAGUGAGAAACCGUAUCGAUUUAUCCUCGUCGAUUCUCCGGAACAAUUCAAGCCGGACUAUUGGUCCCGAGUCGUUGCCGUGUUCACCACAGGUCAGAUCUGGCAGUUCAGAGGAUACAAAUGGAGAGAACCUCAGGAAUUGUUCGGCCACGUCCUAGGAAUUUAUAUCGGUGAGAAAGGUCUUCCGAUCCCUACCGAGGUCAAGGGGUGGGGAAGCAGUGUUAAGACUUUUGCGGUUGAGAGGUGGGACGAGAGAGCUCAUGGCGCUGCAGUUGAUCAAGAGGCAAGGGCAGCUAGGAGGUGGAGGGAUAGAGAGACAGUGGAAGAGGUCUGGAGGUCAAUUGAGGCUUACAUGAGAGGUCGUGGCGAAUGGAGACGGUGA